UAAGUAGUCAAAAACAUAAUUCAAAAACAUGUUUUUGUGAAUAAAAUAAUAACUUAAAUAAAAAUAAUAAAAAUAUAUUAUAUUUAUUAUCACUUAAUUUUCCACUCCAUAUAAGUAUUUUACUAAAUAAUUUUUUUUUCUAUUUCACUUGAUUUAACCAAACACAUAGAAAGAGUCUUUUUUAUUAGUUUAUAAAAUUAGUUAGGCAUGAAAAUUGGCUAUCCAUUUAGGUACAAAUUGUUUCUUUCGGGUAUCAUUGUUUUUUUUAAAUUAAGCAUCGUUUGAAUAUUAUAAAUUUAUAUGUGGGUUUUGAGUUGGGUUCUUCUAGGUCUGGAUGAGUUCGGUUCUAAUGUAUAGAAACCUAAAAAUAUCUAAAUAAAAAAUGUAUCUGAAACGGGUUUGAAUAUUUGUACCAAAAUAACCGUAUUACCUGAUUCGGUUUAGGUCUUUUGAAUACACUUAGUUAUAUUACGACACAUCUAAAACAUAUAAUACUAAUUAUGAAAAAUAAAUAUCAAUGUAUAAAAAUGUAAGUGCGUGGAUCAAUCUCUAGUUUAUAAUAAAAAAAAAUGGCUGACUUAUGUACAAUUUUCAUGUAAUAUUAGGACUGUUUUGAAUAAUUAUGACAUGAAAAAAUCAAAACAAAAGAUUAAACCGAUGAAAUUAGAGCAUUUCCAAUAUACCAUUCCAUUUUGUUACUUUAAAAUAGAACUCUAAAAUGAAGUAGAAAAUAAAAUAGAUUAUUUUUUACUUCAAAUUCUAUUUUGGCAUAUGAAAUGGAGUUGAAGAUUCUCUUAUGGCUUAUAGCCAAAGAAAAAAGGCAAACAAACCAAUGAGGUAGGUGGAAAGUUAUUGCAAACUUUUACAUGUAUAUAAGUCUCAGACUUGAUGUCAAAAAAAAAAAAUGUCUCAGACAGCACAAGACAUCAUUCGCAGAAUAGAUCGCACAAUGCAAAACCGACUAUUUUCACUCUUCCAGCCUUCGGACAAGAGCACUGAUUCAGUGAUUCUCACUCUUCUUGAAUUCUGUUCAGUUAUAUGCCUUCUUUUCUUUGAAUUAUUUCUCAAAGGUUGUGUUCCUUUUUUUCUUUUGGUUUAAAGUUUCUUUGCCCUAAUUAACACAUCUCUUCUUUAUGUCUGUAAAUGUUUUAACUUCUAACGGAGACACAAUCAACACUCGAAAAAGCCUAUACUAUGAAAAAGGGAAUCUAUUUUGUAUUAAUUUUAUACUGUUUAGAUCGAUUGUCAUGAAAAUAAGCAUGAAAAUCAUAGCAAAGGAAAAUAAAUUUAUUCAUAUUAUCCUGUAAUACUGGUCAUUCUCAUAACAAGUAUGUAUCUAAUUUCCCCAUUAUUAAAGUCAUGCCUCCUUAUAUGUCAACUUCGGAAAAUUUCUGUUUUGUCAUUUCGAUUUUUUGGGUCAAAGGAUAAAUAAAGAAGUAAAGAAAUCAAAAUUGGGUUUAUAAUAUCGUUUAAUUGUCGCUUUAGUUUCCACGUUUUCAUAUGGUUGGACAAGCACGAAGCACUACGUGCCAAACUCAUAUAUACUCCACCAACGUGACAAAAUCCCUAUAUCUCGUUUCGGAAACUGUUAAAUUAAUUAAUGUAAAGAUUUCAAUAUUUGGCAAGUAUAUUACUUUUUGGCUAGUUUAAUAAGAAAUACAAUCAAAAUUUCAAGUCGUUGUUAGCUCUUUUUAGCUCUCCACCGGAAAUCUUUUCCGGUUUGGUUUCCUUAUUUUGGUGCGGUGGUCUAGAGUUUCCUUCUUUGGAAUUGAUAAUUAUUACUUGCUGCGAGUUUUCUAUUAUUUCCUCUUUUACAUCUCAAUCAUUGGUGGUUUAAUUUAUUCUUUUCCAUAUUCUCGUUGAUCAUCACCCUAAGUCGUGGAAUAUUUCCUUUUUCAACGUCUUUCUUUCCCUUUUGUGGCUUGAGUAUUCUCCAAGAUAUCAAUCAUAAUGAUUUCUCUUAAAAUCAUUCAUGAAUAUCACGACAAUAAUUGCAUUAACUCCUCCUCCUCCUCCUCCUCUUGUGUGGAUCUGCUACCGAAGCUCCCCGCUCCCGUCCUCCCAACAAACCACCGUUUUCGUGGCUGCAACAUGAUGGCAGAGCACCUACAUACCGCUAUUAACUCCUUGUCUCUGCAUGAUGAAGAACCUGUUGAUCUCCCCGACAACCCGAGCUUCCAUGUGUAUGAGGAAAAUGCUAUGAGUAUCCUUGGACGUCUCCUUAACCCUGAUUGCCAGCCUAUGGACAAGAUGAUCGAGACUAUGCCUCAAAUAUGGAGAGUCUAUGAUAGGGUUAGGGGGAUUGCUCUUUCCCGGGAUAAGUUCCAGUUUAUCUUCAAGCGAGAAGAAGAUAUGAUGACUGUUCUGAAUGACCGUCCUUGGACGUACAACAACUGGACUAUGCUGCUGGAUCGCUGGAUCCCCUCCCCUCCAGCUAAUUUCCUCACCACGGUUGAUGUAUGGGUUCGCAUUAGGAACAUCCCGAUGAACCAUUAUCGUAUUGAAACGAUGGACUUCCUUGCUUCCAAGAUUGGUCAUGUGGUGGAGAUUGCAUAUGAUCCGAAAGCUUCACAAAAGGAGGCUUACAUAAGGGCGAUAGUGAGGCUUAACAUUGCGAACCCUGCGAUUGCGAUUAAGCCCAUGAACCUCCCAUCUGGUGGACGUGUGGUCAUUGAGUUUGAGUAUGAGAAACUAAGAAAGAGAUGCUUUCAUUGUCAGCGACUUACACAUGAGAGACCGAGUUGUCCCUUUGUUACCAAGAAAGCAGUAGCUAAAGAGCCCCGAGAGAGAAGGGACGUGAACAAAACACCGAUGAAGCAGAUUGAACCGCCCUCUUCCUCUCAGCUCCAGCCUCUACCGACUCAACCUUCUUCCCAGCAUCUCAGUGUUCCUCCAAGAUUUGCUCCUUUGUUCCCAGAGCUGCCAAUAGAGGAGCGCAAUGCUGCAAUGCUAUAUAUAUCACAUAGUGACGCUACGGAACGUCAAGCUAGAAUUUUGCGUGUCCAACAGUCUCUGGCCCCAGGGUUUGUGGAACCCACAGUUGUGAAACCCAUAAUCUCCCAUGACCUGAAUAAGGGAAAGGGACAUGUCUUUGUCUUCCAGGAGAAUGAUAGGCCCUUAAAACGGUCCUCUACUAUGACUGAUGUACCUGGAAACUAUGAGAGGAGUCCUCUGCGAGCACACUCUAACUCUAAUUAUGACUCCUCUGAUCACGAGGCAUCCUCUGCCUCCUUCCCGCCGGGUCCAACGGGCUUUCUUAUGGGCUCUUCAGCUGGAAACCCUCCUCCCGGGACUAGGAGUGAGGGGAGAAAGAACCGUCGACGUCCUCAGCGCUGGAAGAGAAUUAAUAAGCCUCAUCUACUUGCUGCCUCUGUUCCUGAUAAGGAUGGUUCUGACACUGGCCUGCGUGAGUCUGAUCAUGGUUUGCUUCCCCUGGCUGGUACCACCAUCUCCAAACGUAAGACUCCUUUGACUGCAGAAGAACAGUUACCUAAAUCUUCAAAAACAACCCUACCUUCGGUGGCUUCCGAUCUGAAGCCGCUGCCAUCCCAAUGAGCAUUAUGAGCUGGAACUGUCAAGGAGCAGGA